AUGUCCAUGGGCGGCGGUAUUCACUUGCCAUCAGGGGGUGCAGAAAAGAGCGUCAACUUUACAUUGUCGCUUAACGAAGAUGGCACAUCGUCCUUCAGCUGCAACACCUGCGGCAAGGCCUUCAAGCGGAGGGAACUCUUCAGCCAGCAUCAACGGCAGGUGCACCUGAAACUACGACCGAAACUGCGCGGCUGCCGUCUCUGCGAGGAGAGGGUGCCGACGCAUCUGAGGCCGGCGCACAUGGAGAGCAGGCACGGGGUGCCCGCCCCUAAAUGCGGCGCCUGCGGCAAAAGGUUCGCCUUCCCGAACGACGUGCUCCGCCACCAGAGGACCCACCACAUGGGGGAGCGGGGCCACGUCUGCCAGGAGUGUGGCGUGCGCUUCCCCACGAAGCAUGCCCUCACACAGCACGCGGUCAAGCACUCAGCGCUGAGGGGCUUCCCCUGCCGGUUCUGCGGGAAAGCGUUCAAGCGCGCGAAAACCCUGAGGACCCACGUGAUGAUCCACCUGAACGAGAGGCGGCACGCGUGCCAGCUGUGCAAAGAAGCCUUCGUCCAGCUCUCCAGCUUGAAAUACCAUAUGACGAGGCGACAUCCGGAGGCGGUG